AUGUUCAGCAUUGGCCGCAGUCGCGCGGCGGCGUCGGCCCUCAGCGCCGCAAAGGAAUCUAACCCGAGCUCACGCUUCUUUCUGCAGCUGCACGUCACCCCCUCCGUUAGACUGCCUGGCGUCGCCCAGCAGCGAAGAGCUCUCAGCAUCCACGAGUACCUGUCCGCCGACCUGCUGAGAAAGCAUCCGGCUGACACGGCUUUCCGAUUUCUUUCGCAACAACAGUAUGGCGUUGGUGUUCCCAAGGGCUCCGUUGCCAAGACCGCCGCAGAGGCCAAGGCUGUGGCCAAGGACAUUGGCACUGGCGAUCUCGUCAUCAAGGCCCAGGUCCUUGCUGGUGGACGAGGCAAGGGAACCUUUGACAACGGCCUCAAGGGCGGUGUCCGCGUCAUCUACUCUCCCCACGAGGCCGAGAUGUUUGCUCAGCAGAUGAUUGGCCACAAGCUCAUCACCAAGCAGACCGGCGCCGAGGGCCGUCUGUGCAAUGCAGUCUACAUUUGCGAGCGCAAGUUUGCUCGUCGCGAGUUCUAUCUGGCUAUCCUGAUGGACCGAGCCUCCCAGACCCCCGUCAUCGUCUCCUCCUCCCAGGGAGGUGUCGAUAUUGAGACUGUUGCCAAGGAGCAGCCCGAUGCCAUCACUACGACCUACAUCGACAUCAAGACGGGCGUUACCGACGAGAUUGCCCGCGGCAUCGCCACCGGCCUGGGCUUCAGCGAGCAGUGCAUUGAGGACGCCAAGGACACCAUCCAGAAGCUCUACACCAUCUUCCUCGAGAAGGAUGCUACCCAGAUCGAGAUCAACCCCCUGUCCGAGACCUCAGACCACCAGGUCCUCUGCAUGGAUGCCAAGUUUGGCUUCGAUGACAACGCCGAGUACCGCCAGAAGGAGAUUUUCGAGUGGCGCGACACCACCCAGGAGGACCCCGAUGAGGUCCGUGCUGCUCAGUCCAACCUCAACUUCAUCAAGCUGGAUGGUGACAUCGGCUGCCUGGUCAACGGUGCCGGUCUGGCCAUGGCCACCAUGGACAUUAUCAAGCUGAACGGCGGCCAGCCCGCCAACUUCCUCGACGUCGGUGGUGGUGCCACCCCCGCCGCCAUCAAGGAGGCCUUUGAGCUCAUCACCAGCGACUCCAAGGUCACCGCCGUCUUUGUCAACAUCUUUGGCGGUAUUGUCCGCUGCGACGCCAUCGCCAACGGUCUCAUCAAGACUGUUGAGACCCUUAACCUGAAGAUUCCCAUCAUUGCCCGUCUUCAGGGCACCAACGUCGAGCUUGCCCAUCAGAUCAUCAACGAGUCUGGUCUGAAGAUUUUCUCUAUUGAUGACCUGCAGAGCGCCGCCGAGAAGGCUGUGCAGCUGUCCAAGGUUGUCAAGUUGGCUCGCGAUAUUGAUGUUGGUGUUGAGUUCACCCUGGGCAUCUAG